AUGAUAUUAUUCAUGAUUUUACAAUGUAAUCGUGGAUCUUCUCCAGCAUGUUUAGAUUGGAGUGAAAUUUGUAAUGGACAGAUUGAUUGUGCCGAUAGGGAAAUUGAUGAAGAACAUUGUUGGCAACUUGAGCUAAAUGAAUGCAAAGAUGAUGAAUAUCGAUGUACCAAUGGACAAUCUAUAUCGCGAUCGUUUGUUCGAGAUUAUACUAGAACUUCGGAUUGUAUUGAUGGCUCGGAUGAAGUUCGAAUAAAUUCAGAACAACAAAACAAAUUUAAGACACUUAGUCCAUCGUUUGAAGUCGACGACAGGACAUGUAGCUUUUCAUUUUUAACGAGCUCUUGUGUAGGAACACGCAACGAUCUCUUAUUAGAAGCAAUGUAUUCGGUAAAAGACAGUUCAAUAUCUGAGCAAUGUUGGUUUGCUUUUAGAUGUGUCAUCAGGGGACUUAUGGACACCAUGCAUGAUUGUCCACAGAGAGAUGACGAAAAUAUGACAUUCAUCAAUACUGCUGCUUUAAUAAAACAAUUAAAAAUUCAUUUCAAAUGUGAAUUAAGUAACAAGUACGUUCGCCAAUCAUCAGUAGUUGAUCGUAAAUGCCAUUGUGAAGUUCAUCCUUUUAAAUGGUGUGAAGACGAAUCUCUAGAUAUAACCUAUACUAGAAAAAAUAUUUCAUUUCAAACUAUUUGUGAUGAAUUUACUGAAUUGUUUCCAGUCAUGAUAGAAGAACGAAAUGAAACUGAAUGUGAGCUAUGGUCAUGCAAUAAUAUUUACACUCGUUGCGAUGGUUUAUGGAACUUUCCCACAGGUGAAGAUGAAGCCAAAUGGUAA